ACAAUGGCCAGCUACGUCAUGGACCUGGUGGAACAACUCAAGUCACAGGCCGACCCCCGCACAAACUUCCCUUUGAUUGGAAACCCAACGAUGGUGGUGACCCUCAUCGCAGGCUACCUGUACGUGGUCAAGGUGUGGGGGCCCCGGUACAUGGAAGACCGCAAGGCCUACGACCUCAAGCACAUCAUCAUGGUCUACAACGCCUGCAUGGUUAUGCUCAACACGUUCUUCUUCUACAAGUUUCUCUCGCACUCAUACCUGGGCGGUGGCUACAGCUGGAUAUGUCAAGGCAUCGACUUCAAGGACCCGGGUUCGAUCGCCAUCGUGUCGUACUGCUGGUGGUACUUCAUGGUGCGCAUCCUGGACUUCGCCGACACGCUGUUCUUCCUGUUGCGCAAGAAGUUCAGUCACAUCUCGUUUCUGCACGUCGUUCACCACAGCCUGGUCGUCUGGAACGGCUGGCUCUUCAUCACGUUCGGCGCCGAUGGCCAGGGCAUCAUGGGCGUCUGCAUCAACUCGUUCAUCCACAUCGUCAUGUACACGUACUACUUCUUGGCUGCUCUGGGGCCCUCCGUGCAGAAGUAUCUGUGGUGGAAGAAGUACAUCACCACCAUGCAGAUCGUCCAGUUCGCAGUCUUCAUCGCAUUUGUCUCCGUGCCCCUGUUCAAGGACUGCGGCUACCCGCGCUUCCUCACCUACCUGGCCGCCUCCCAGUGCUUCUUCUUCCUGGUGCUGUUCGUCAACUUCUACAUUCACACCUACGUGAGGACCAAGAGGGGUGAGGUGCACUUCUUCUGUGGCAACUACGAAGCCACUUCGCGAGCCACCGUGCCGCUGAAGGAAGGGGAGAAGGGCAUGAAGAAUGGCAUGACCGUCAUCGAGAACGGCGCCCUCACGAACGGCAACGGCCAUGUGAACGGCUACAUAAAUGGUGUCGGUCUUAAGAAGAGAGAAGUGAAGAUACGCACCCACUAAAUCGCAGGAAAGGGCAAGACAAGAUGGCAUCGAAAGGUUCAUUGGCGCAUGCAAGCGACGUCAGCGAGCAUCAUUCAACGGGCUCGAAGUCGUCGGGACUGACAGCGCGUGCCUCGCUGGACAGCAUUGUUCUCGUGGCGGUGUCAGUCAGCUGACCGGGAGCGUCUAUUUAUUUCCCAGUGUAUUCUUCUAAAACAUGGCGCCUUGCCGUGUUUAUUGUAGUGCCGAGAAACGAACUGCAUCAACAGUCCAUGGACGUCCGAAGGCCUUCGUUUAAGGCCGACGUGACGCGCACUCUGUCAAAGCUGUUUCGUCGCUUUUCCUUGUAGUUAGGUGCAUCCCAUCGAUAUCGCGCGCUUGCAUGUGUUGGCGUUACAUCGAUGGUUUUUUGAUGACCGAUUAGGGACCAGCGAAAUGCUCAUGCGCGGACUGAAUAUAAUUUUUUGUCACUUCUCGUUUAGUCAUAUUGCACGUUCAUCCGUCAUUACGCGCACGUUUUAAAACAUUGUUACUUCGCCACCAUUUUUUUUAAUGGCAAACUACGGCAGCGCAGAAGCCACAGAAGCUGUGAUAGCAGCUAGUGUGUUUAGUGUGCUGCGGUGAUGUCUUUCCGCUAUUGUGCAGGGGUAUGUUGCGAUUUCAUUGUGUCUCUUGUUUUAGCGCUGACGGCCAACUCUUGUAAAUAGACAUUUGUUGUACUGUUGUAUUCUUGAUGAAUACACACGUUUUCAUCAGUCA